AUGUCGGAUCCAGGGCCAAUGCCUACAUUCCCUGGAACGGCGGAGACCGGUGAAUACCACUAUCGUGGACCUAGGUGUAUACCAGCUCACCGGAACGGCUCCAUCUUCCAGCAACUGCAACCCGCAGAGGUGCAUAGUCCUCAUCCAGCUAGGCAGAGGCGCUCUGGGUUCGAUGUUAGAGAAGAGCCCAUUUCCGAUUUUAUCAGCAAGGGUUUGAUGACAAUUGACCAUGCCAUGUCAUGCUUUCGGGCGUUUUUCCAAGGUUGCGAUAGGUAUAUCCCGAUUUUCGACCCGGAGCUCGACAACUUUGCGUCUGUGCGAGCGCGCAGUAGCAUACUUUUAAAUGCCAUCUGUACAAUUGGCAGUCGCGUUGAGACAAGAUCCGGAUCCCAGAUCUCCGACUUGUUGCACGCAGAGCUUAAGAGGUGGAUUAACGUGGUUAUCCAAAACAAAACGAUGAACUGUCUAGAGUCCGUCCAGGCGCUUCUUAUAAUAGCGUGCUAUUCUGCCGAACGUUCUCUUCUACUGUCAUUUGCGACCCGGAUGGCAUUAGACUUGAGCUUGGACGAAGCAUUCGAAGAACUUAUCCAGCGGCUGACCAUGAAAGAGGUUGAAGGCAUCUCUGAAUUUCAUAUGACAACUGACGAAGAAGAGCGUUCUUUGAUGCGCAAAUCCCGGACUUGGUUUGGCCUUCUCGUUUUGGAUCAUAUAUUUCAUGUAGAUGGCGGAAAGCCGCCUGGCAUUCGGAUGACGGGCAAUGCGCAUCGAUGUCGCAUCUUGCUCCGUCAUCAUACAUCGACAAUCUUAGAUUUGCGUCUGUUUUCUCAGGUUGAGUUGAACGUUAUACGUGCAAAGAUCAACGAUACUCUAGAUGCGAAGGAGACACUCGAUAGACCGGAUAUUGCCGAAUUUGUGCACGAGGCCAAGGUAGAUCUUGACCUCUGGUUUGACGAUUGGUUGCGCAUUAUCGAAAGCUCGAUUGCAGCAGAGCAAGAGAGGCCCUUCCUCUUGGCGGCCCUGCGCGUCCAAAAAUGUUGGGCUGAGCUAAUCCUCCACUGCAAAGCCCUGCUAUCAAUGGGAGUAGAGAAUGUGGCUGCCAUGUCCCCCGUUGAACGCAAUAUCCUCCUGCUAGCCAAGUCCAGCGCCCGAAAACACCUCCGCCUCAUAAGCACAGAGCCAGACUUCUACCUCGCUAAGCUCAAAUACGCCAUGGACUUCGUCUGGGCCAAAUGCGCAUUCUGCUUCCUACUCCUUCUGAAACUCUCCCGGCUUCUCCCAGAGCGAAGGGAAGAGCACCAGGAAUUGCUGGACCACGGGAACAGGCUUCUCGAUGAGCUAACGCGGUCUGUGGGAUCAAGCGGUGAAACCACCGGAAACGGAAGUAUCUACAUGCAGAUUUUGAGGCUGAGCAUAGAGAAAUACGGCCGAAUCUUUCAAGAAAGAGAAGCGGGCGGGGAUCCGGUGGCCACGGCGCCAUUCUGGGAGUCGUUCGAUGCUCAGGCGGACUUGCAGUCGUUUGUACCGGAGCAGUUUGUUCGGGAGUGGGACUUUCCGGGGCUCAAUUUGUUUUAUUUUCCUACUGCGUGGCAGGAUUUCUUUGGGGACUUUUCGCUGGCUGUUUGA